CACGUGUUUUAUGGAUAGGAUCCAAGUCUGUUGGAUACCACGUGAGUUUGAAUACUCUCGCGAUCAUCGUGUUUUGAUCAAUAAUCGUUUGAUGAUAUUUUCGGUAAAAAAUGGCUCGUCGUCGAAAGAAAAGGUCCAAAGGAUCAAAAGAAGAACCUAAAGAGCUUGUCAAAGCACCACAUUCGUUUGUUAUUCAUCGUGGUAGUAUUAGCAAAAAACUUGAACAAUUACUUCGAAAUGUUCGCCAAAUUAUGGAACCAUUUACAGCAUCAAAACUUAAAGUUCGAAAAAAGAAUACAAUCAAAGAUUUUGUUUCCAUUUCAAGUUAUCUUAACGUUAAUUAUAUGAUCAUUUUUACCGAAUCUUCAAUUGCACCUUAUAUGCGUUUAUGUCGUGUACCUCGUGGUCCUACAAUAACAUAUAAAAUAUUGAAUUGUACAUUAGCACAAGAUGUUCUGGCUGGACAACGUAAGCCUCAUAUUAACACGAAAUUAUUUCAUAAUGCACCACUUUUAGUGUUAAAUGGUUUUGGAUCUGAAUCUGCGGAUAAAAGUAUUCAGCUACAAACAUCAAUGUGGCGAAAUAUGUUUCCGACGAUUGAUAUUCAAACUGUUCAAUUGUCAAAAAUUCAUCGUUGUUUAUUGUUGUCAUUGGAUUCAGAAACCAAUCAAAUUGAAUUACGUCAUUAUGCAAUCAAAGUAAGACCAGUUGGUCUAACAAAAAUGGUUCGAAAAUUAGUUACAGGCAAAAAAAUACCUGAUCUUGGUCAAUUUCAUUCGGUCGAAGAAGCUAUGGAACAUUUGGAUCCGGAUUCUGAAUUUGAAGAUGAUGAAGAACAAAUGAAAAUCGGACAGGUUACAUUACCGCAAAAAGUUGGUAAUAAAAGUGGAAAUUUAGUGAAUGAAAAAAGUUCAAUCAAAUUAUAUGAAAUUGGACCACGUAUACUUAUGGAAUUGGUCAAAGUAGAAAAUGGUAUCAUGUCUGGUGAAGUUCUUUUUCAUAAAUAUGUACAGAAAACAAACGAAGAAAUUGUUGAACAAAAGAAAAAAAUUGAACAACGAAAUUGUCUUAAAUUAUCACGAAAACGACAACAAGAAGAAAAUGUUCGCCGUAAACAAGAAAAAAUGUCUGCAAACAGAAAGCGAACAAAACCAGAUGAAGAAUCGGAACAAUCUAAUGAAUGUGAUGAUGAUAAUGAUAACGAUGAUGAUGAUAAUCAACCAUCAUCGUCAAAAACAAAACGAAAAAAAUUCGAAUCAUUUACCAUCGAUAAUAAUGAUGAUAAUGAUAUUGAUAAUGAACUCGAAUGGAAUGAAAUUCUUAUUCUAUAA